CAGGCACUUCCUUUGUCACUUCCAGUGACAGUGACAAUGCCAGGACCUCUGAUGCUGCUACUUUUGCUGCUGAACACUCAGAUUAUCGCUUUUUAUGCAUUACCUGAGGGAUGGAAAUAUGAGGUGGUCUAUCCUCAAAAGCUUCAUACUCGGCACAAAAGAGACACUAAGGGCAAGUAUCCAGACCUAGUGCACUAUGGAUUAGAAGUUAAUGGAAAACCAAUAGUCCUUCAGCUGGAGAAGACUGAAGAUCUGCUCUCUAGUAACUAUACAGAGACUCAUUAUCUGAAUGAUGGAACUCCUGUGACCACUAUUCCACAAGAGAGGGAUCACUGCUAUUAUCAGGGCCAUGUAAAGGAUGACAGCAGCUCACUGGUCAGUCUCAGUGUGUGCCAGGGGCUAAGUGGAAUCAUUAUGACUCAAGAACAAAAGCUUAUGAUUGAGCCCCUAAAUCUGACAGAGAAUGGAGCACAUGCUGUGUAUGCCUCUCAAGACCAGGAUGACCCUAAGACUUGUGGAGUGGACCAUACCAUGUAUAAUGAGUCUGUAAUGACCAAGACAUCCUCUUCCAGCAGAAAUUCUGAGGUGCAAGAAUUCAUGAAAGCUAGAAAAUACAUUGAGCUGUACAUUGUGGCGGAUCACUCUAUGUUUAUUAAAUAUAAGGGCAAUGAAGAAGAAAUCCGGACAAGGAUAUUUAAAAUGCUAAAUUACAUUAACACAGUGUACAAGCUUCUAAAUGUAUUUGUGGCACUGACUGGCAUGGAAAUCUGGAAGACAAACGACCAAUUUCAAGUAGUCACAACCACAGGUGAUACUCUAGACAGAUUCUCUAAUUGGAGGAAAGACAAUCUGUUGCCCAGGAAACUCCAUGAUAAUGCUCAAUUUUUAACGAAUGUUAAAUUUGAUGGAACUGUAGUAGGACUGGCUUUUACUAAAGGAAUGUGCAGUGAUAUGUGGUCUACAGGAGUAAACUGGGACCACUCUACAGAUCCUAUUAGAGUUGGCGCAACCAUGGCACAUGAAAUGGGGCAUAAUCUAGGAAUGCAGCAUGAUGAAAAUGAAUGCAAAUGCCAUGUUAAAUCCUGUAUCAUGUUGCCUUCUUUAAGCAGUGAUACUCCAUACAAGUUCAGCCCCUGCAGUCAUCAGAGCUUUCAGAAUUUCAUUGAAAAUGAAAAACCGUUCUGUAUGAGAAACAAGCCACAAAAUGUUGAUAUUCUGAAUGACCCUGUGUGUGGAAAUCAAUUCACAGAGGCUGGAGAGGAAUGUGACUGUGGCACAGUGGAGGAAUGUACCAACAACUGCUGUGAUGCCACCAUGUGCAAACUCAAACAGGGUGCUCAGUGUUCAGAGGGAGAAUGUUGCCAAGAUUGCCAGCUAAAGACUGCAGGAUCCGUGUGUAGACCAGCUAAACAUGAAUGUGACUUGUCAGAUAUGUGUGAUGGAAUAUCUCCUAUGUGUCCCUCUGACCGCUUCCAGUCCAAUGGAGUGUCCUGUUUAAAAGGAGAAGGUUACUGCUACAAUGGAAAAUGCCCCACUCUCCGAGGUCAAUGUAAGAGAUACUGGGGGCCAGAGUCAGUUGUAGCAGAUGAUUCCUGCUGUAAUACAAUGAAGAAAACAGGGUUUUGUAAGGAAUCUGGAGCUGACUGUACACCCAGGGAUGUGAAGUGCGGAGUGCUAUUCUGCUCUAGGGGCUUUGAUAAGCCCAUUGUUACUUCUGGUUACUGUAUGUUUUCAAACUGCAAAAUCCUGAGGCCAGCUGUGCUAGUUGAGGAUGGAACUAGGUGUGGGAAUAACAGUAUGUGUUCCAAUAAGAGAUGCAUCACUGCUCCAGAUGUUCAGAAAUGCCAUGCCCAGUGCCCAGGACAUGGGGUUUGUGACCAUGAACAGCAGUGUCAGUGCGAAGAAGGUUGGGUACCCCCUAAUUGUGACAGCAGAGCACAGUUUGGUUCUGGUUACGUUGCACUCAUUGUCAUCAUUGUCAUCUUUCUCCUGAUCUUUGUAAUGUCUACAUUGUUUAUAGUGUACAAGAAAAGAUCUCAGUGGAGGAUUCAUGGCAGGAGAUCGGCAGAAGGUAACUCAGGCAUGAACAACCCAAUUUUCAAUGCUCCAAAGCACACACAAGAGUCACAAAAUCCUGAUGCGUCAACCCCUUUGGGGAGUUUUGACACUGCGGAGUACCCUCCUUUGCCCCCAGCACAGUCUCAGAAGCCUAAGGUAUCACCAGUGUUUCCUCCACAGCCACCGGCCCAGUCUCAAAAGCCUCAAAUUUACUGUGAAAGAACCUCAGAAAAGACUUAUCUUGGAGACUCCCAGUCCCUCGCUCAGCCUCCAGCUCCGUCUCAGAAGCCUCAGAGGCCAACUGCUCCUCCUCCACCCAGACCAUUGCAAACAAUUGCUCCACCACAGACUAUGAAACCCAAUUACAGAAGAUAAAAAAGAAGACGCAAUAUGUUAUAUGAUUUGUGUGUAUAGCUCCUCUAUAUUUACCUAUGUUCUUUAUUCUUCACUCUUCCUACUUCUAAAAACCUGUCAUCAGUGGUUUGAUAACUGUCUACUAAUACUUAUUCUAAAACCGUUUAACUUUUUUUUAUUUAUUUUUUAACAGUUACCUUUUAACAUUUGUAUUAAAGCUAAUUUUUAUAUAAAUAAACCUGCUCUUCUAUGAUCUCACUGUGUACUUGUGAUUGAGGUUGAUUUCCUAAAGGAUUAUUAUUAUUUUUUUCACUUCAACUUUGCAAUCAAGUGCAAAACAGAUUUUCUUUCUAUUCUGCACAUAAUUGGAUGUUGAAAGUAAAAAUGUGUGCAGGGAAACUCAGCAAAACAUGUAACUACUAAAUAUGCAUGACAAUACACAAAAAAACAGAUACCAUAUUGCACGUUAAAAAUAACACAUAGG